AUGGCCUCCAACAAAGCUAAUCACACUGCCAAAAUCAAUCAUCUCAAUGCUGCCCCUAAAGCUGACUUCAUCGCCAGGAGGCAAAAAAUCGAGAAGCACAGGAAAGCUCUGCCGAUUGCUUCGGGAGUGCAAAAUUUAUGUCAAAGAAACGAUUGUGCUUCUAAUUUUUGGUAUUGUGCAGUCGAAAAGAGACUAGUGGAAGAGGUUCGCAACAACGACGUACUAAUUAUUGUUGGGGAAACUGGCAGUGGGAAGACAACACAGUUACCGCAGUAUCUAUUUGAUGGAGGGUUUUGCCGCAAUGGUAGAGUCAUUGGGAUAACUCAACCUAGACGUGUUGCUGCUGUUACGGUCGCCAAAAGGGUGGCCGAGGAAUCUGGAGUAACAUUAGGCCAAAAGGUUGGAUAUUCCAUUAGAUUUGAUGAUGUGACUUCUGCCUCAACAAGGAUUAAAUACAUGACAGAUGGCUUGUUAUUGAGGGAGGCAUUAUUGGAUCCAUAUCUCUCUAAAUAUUCGGUUAUUAUUGUGGAUGAGGCUCAUGAGAGAACAGUUCACACUGAUGUAUUACUUGGUCUAUUGAAGGCUGUUCAAAAAACAAGGUCACAGGGUAUCAAUGACACGGUACAUAAACAACUUAUAAAAGCUGAGAAUGGCAUACAAUUGGAAAAAGAGAACGAGAUUGAAUCCACCAGCAUUCUGAAGCACAAUCAAGGCAAAAAGUUAUCCCCAUUGAAGUUAGUUAUUAUGUCUGCCAGUCUGGAUGCAAAAAUCUUUUCCGAUUAUUUUGGUGGUGCUAGGGCGAUGCAUGUCCAAGGCCGGCAAUUUCCUGUUGAUGUACUAUACACUCAUCAACCAGAGACUGAUUAUGUAGAUGCAACCUUGAUUACUAUAUUUCAGAUACAUCUAGAGGAAGGACCAGGUGAUAUACUUGUGUUCUUGACUGGCCAAGAAGAGAUCGAAUCUAUUGAGAGGCUCAUCCAGGAGCGAAUUCCUAAAUUACCUGAGAGUAAAAGCAAGCUUCUCGUUAUUCCGAUAUUUGCAUCUCUACCAUCAGAGAAACAAAUGAAAGUCUUCAUGCCUCCACCGUGUGGUUUUCGUAAGGUAAUAUUAGCUACCAAUAUUGCUGAAACAUCAGUGACAAUACCUGGAAUAAGGUAUGUCAUUGACCCUGGAAUGGUCAAAGUACGCACGUAUGAUGCUUCUACUGGGAUUGAGCCGUUGAUAAUUGUUAAAACCUCAAAAGCCCAAGCAUUACAACGGAGUGGCCGUGCUGGCCGAGAUGGACCAGGCAAAUGCUACCGCCUUUAUCCGGAGAAUGAAUUUUACAAGCUGAAAGCUUCUACAACACCUGAGAUUAAAAGAUGCAACCUUGCAAAUGUAAUUUUGCAGCUUAAAGCUCUAGGUAUUGAUGAUAUACUUGGUUUUGACUUCAUUGAAGAACCAGACAGGAUGGCCAUCAUCAAAUCAAUGGAAUUGUUAUUCUUGUUAGGUGCCCUUACGGACGGAAGUAAAUUGUCCGAUCCAGUUGGUCAUCAAAUGGCCAGGCUUCCACUGGAUCCUAUUUAUUCUAAGGCUCUUGUUGUUGCCAAUCAAUUUAAUUGCUUGGAAGAAAUGUUAAUAAUUGUUGCGUUGCUCUCAGUUGAAUCCAUAUAUUAUGCUCCCCGUGAAAAGUUGGAAGAGUCGCGAACUUCCUUGAGAAGCUUUUCAAGUUUAGAGGGUGAUCAUUUGACGUUACUAAAGAUCUAUCGCGCUUCUGAUGAGUUUUUGGAGAAGAGCAAGCUGGCAGACAGUCCUGAUAAGGCUGAAAAAAAACUUAGAAAAUGGUGCAAGCAGAAUUUUAUCAACAGCCGCUCUUUAAAACAUGCCCGUGAUAUCCAUAGUCAAAUACGGAAGAAUGUUGUGCAAAUGGGUCUUUGUGUCACUUCAUGUGGGGAAGACAUGCUUCCACUGCGCAGAUGCCUAGCUGCUUCGUUUUUCCUAAAUGCGGCUUUGAAGCAGCCUGAUGGUACUUACAGGGCUUUGUCAAGUGGUCUCGCGGUGCAGAUUCAUCCGUCGUCUGUAUUAUUCCGGAUGAAACCAGAAUGCAUAAUCUUUAACGAAUUAGUCCGGACUAAUAAGAACUAUGUCCGCAAUGUUUCUACUAUAGAUUACUUGUGGUUACCUGAGCUGGCCCCUCAAUUCUAUGCCUUACCGGAAUAGUUCCCCCACGACUCAACGAAUUUCUCUGCAACGGAGAGACUAUGACUGUGGCCUCAUCCAUUUCCUCUGUAACUCAACGCAAGCGCAAUAGCUGCUGCAGGUGAAGUUGAAUCAUGCCAACACUCACCUAUCAUCAAUAAGUAGGACUCUAUACGAACCGAGUUGCGCCGAGCCGAAUACGAAGGCCGAAUACCUUCAGGCUUGGGCUUGUUUCACGAAAAUUUUACUAGGCUUGAGAUUGGCUCGAGCUCGAAUUCGAGCUUUAAAAUGAGCUCGAGCUUGGCUCGGCAAAUCAAUAUUAAGCUCGAGCUUGGUUCGAAUUCGGCUCGAGAUCAAGCUCGGCUUGUAUUUGGCUCGAAGUAAAUUUUUUUUUUCGAAUUGUUCCACGAGCUCGAAUACAAGCUCGGGUUUCGCGAAUUAAAAAAAAAUGUGCGAGGUCAAGCGCGAGCUCACGCUCGAAUUCAA